AUGUAUGUCCCACCAUACAACUAUAGUAUUUCCGGCAAUACUCCAAAGAAAUACACCUCAAAUGCUCGUCUUGAAAUACAGAAGAAACUAGCUUUAAAUUCCUCUUUUCUCAGGCAUGGAAACUCUCCUUUAUCUUCUUCUUAUACUGCCAACGAUUUGUUAUCUAAUUCUUCUCAAUCAACUUCCGAUUCUUCAGUAAUCGAUUACUCUAAAUCAAUUGCCUCUCCAAAUAUCAUUCCAAAUAAUAACAAUAACAAUAACAGUAACAGUAGAAUAAAUUUGAAAAGAGUGCACUCAAAUCAAAGCUCUCUUUCCUCUCAAUCUAAUGACUCCCUCUCUUCCUUUUCCUCUUCUUUAUCUUCACAUACCCUAAUAAAUUCGGCCCCAAUAAUAACUCUUGACGACGCAAUUCCAAUAGACUUUCACAACAUGUAUCUACCUCAGUUUCUAUCAAAUUUAUUACCCAAUGGCAGACCAACUUUUACUAAAAGAAACCUAAUCGACUGGGAUUUAAACGACUUAAGAUCUUUAUUAAUCCUACACACUUUAAAACCAGAAUGGAAUAACAAAAUCCCUAUCAUUUAUGCUCCUUUAGGUUUCAAAAUUCAAUUAUUACCUCUAGAUUCUUCAGAAUCACAAUUUGUUUCAAUUCUAGUUCAAAGUGACAUCUAUAAAGAAGCAAAAUUUAGCGAAAACUUAAGAACUCAAGCUGCUCAAUUCACUGUAUUGGCAGCUAAAAAAAAACAUAACGACUUGAUUUAUUUAAAAUUAAAAUCUCAAGGCUAUAAUAAAGAACAAAUUUUUGCUAGUAAAGAAUACCAUUCUCUUGAAAUCCAUGAAUGGAGAAAUAUAAUAGAAAACUUCCUAUUAAAUUUAGCUGUUGAAGCUCAAUGUUGUCACGAUUUUAAAAAAAUUUUCCUAAUAAAUAGUGCUAAAAACUUCGAAGAACCUCAUUUUAAAAACUCUUUUGAUUUAUCUAAUCAAGAAAAAUCAUUUCUUUGGAAUCAAGUUCAAGCAAAGGUUUAUCAAAAAGCAGGUCUAGAUUGGACUCCUGAUAGGGUUUAA